AUGCACGCGGUGGGCAUUAAGCGCGUGUUCUGGACAACACAAAACGGCAAUUGGGAAAUGGCGAAGGUCCGAGACUUGGUCGAUGCUUUGGAGUCCGGUAUUGGAGCCGAUGGGAAUAGCGACGGUGACGGUUUGGGGAUUGGUCAGGAGAGCAAGGGUGUGUUUGUCACAAAGCACGAAGUCUUGAUGUUGAAAAGAACCAUGGGCUUUUAG